AAAAAAUUAUGUACACACGAAAAAAACUUUAAAUGCUUCAAAUUUUCAUAAUCUCGUAUAUUUUAUUGCCAUGACAACGAGCGCGCAAACAGAAAACAAAGCUCAAAGUUAGAACAAUGAAAGUAUUAAAGUUGCUUGUCUUAGGUCCUGUUGGGUCUGGAAAAAGUAUAAUUUCAAAUUUUCUUGCGGAUGCGACAGAAAUUUUUGACUAUCAUCCAACUCAAGGUGUAAGAAUUUUGGAAUUUGAAAUUAAAGACGUUAAUUUUAACAAUAAAUCAGUGAAAUCCGAUAUUGAAUUAUGGGACUGCAGUGGAGAUCUUAAAUUUAAAAAUUGUUGGCCAGCGUUCCGUAGAAAUGCACAAGGUAUAUUAUUUGUUCAUGGUCCAAAGUCGAAAGAAAACUUUGAAGAAUUAGAACAGUUUUAUGAAUAUUUUGUUAAUAAAUCGAAACUUGUACCAAAAAAUUGUCUCCUUUUGUAUUAUGAUCCAGAGAGAAAAUCCGAAAUGCCAAAAAAUUUAUCGUCGAAUUUUUCAAAAAUAUCUGCAAUCAAUUGCAAUUUGGAAGAAGAGGAAAAUAAAUUGAAGAAGGAUUUUCAAUCAUUUAUCAGUACACUUUUAGCGAAAUUACAAGAAACCACAGAUCAAGAAGAAAUAAAUAUGGUAAACAGUAUUCUGACAUAGUAGAAAAAAUUGUCAAUUAAAAAAAAUAAUAAUAAUAAUAAUAAUAAAACGAAACUUGUUUAAAUUUUAA